AUGAAAGCUAUCUGGGCCACUCUACUCGUCGCGGCCUCAUUCGCCCUUGCCAGCCCUGUCGCCGAGGCUGCUCCAAAUGCUGAUCCGGGCGGCUAUGGCGAUUAUGGAGACUACGGAGGAUAUGGAAAAUACGGCGAUUACGGAAAAUACAAACCCCCGACGCCGCCAAAGGGAGGAUAUGGAAAGUACGCUGAUUACGGAAAGUAUCCGCGGGAAGAGGUACCCGAGUAA